AUGACUUAUGAUUUAGGAUUUGUUGUGGUAAUUGUAAGAUCUGACAUAGCUACUGGUGUACGGGGAAGAAAAAUGUUCGUCAUACUUGGAUGUGAAAGAGGGGAGAAAUAUCGGAAAUACAAAGCCGAUGCGGUGGCUAGUGUAUACGGCACUCGUAAAUGUGAGUGUCCGUUUAGAUUAAAGGGUAAACCAUGUUCAGAUGGAGCCGGAUGGGUGUUGAAGGUGAUGUGUGGACAUCACAACCAUGAGUUGGCUGAAACUUUAGUUGGUCACCCUUAUGCUGGCAGAUAUAGACUUUCGUUGCUUGAGAUUGGGGGUAUGACGUCUACAGGGUUAACCUUCUCAGCAACAUUUGCUUUCUUGUCUACUGAAAGGCAGAGUAAUUUCACAUGGGCUUUGGAAAAGCUGAAAGGUUUAUUUUUAACAUCUGAGGGUGGUCCUAAAGUCAUUGUCACUGAUCAAGACCUGGCUUUGAUGAAUGCCAUUGCAAAUGUAUUCCCUAAGUCAUAUAAGAUGUUAUGUCGGUUCCACAUCCUUAAAAAUGUUAAAGCUAAAUGCAAAAUGUUAGUUCAUUCUAUUGAGGUAUGGGAAGUGUUGAUGGAUGCAUGGGAAAAUGUGAUGGAUUGUGAUGAUGAAAGCUUGUUUGCUGAGUAUGUGAAUGGUUUUCAAUACGCAAGCAGUUCAUGGCCUUUGUUCUUUGAAUAUGCUGAAUCUGCUCAUUGGAGCCUGAAUAAUGUUUUGGACAAUAGUAUGGGUGAUUUGUGUUCUUGGUGGGAUAAUAUUCAUAACGUCAUUAUCCUACAACACAACAAGAUUAAGGCGUCAUUUGAAAGUAGUCUGUUGCUCACGAGUGACCAUUUUAAAGGCUAUAGAUAUACAGAACUUAUUGGACGUGUGUCUCGAUAUGCAUUGGAUCUCAUUGCUAAGGAAUUGAAAAUAGUGCAGCAGAUAGGAUUGGACUCCUCAAAGUGUGGAUGCGUAUUGACACGUACAUUUGGUGUCCCAUGUGCAUGUGAAUUAGCACGAUAUGAUCCUAGGAUGAUCCCUAUAGGUGAAUUUCAUAUCAUGUGGCGAAGAUUGCAUUUCUCAAAUGUUGAAUUAAAUGAAACUGAGCCUCAGUUAUCCAUUAAAGAUGAGUUGAAACAAGUAGAAGAACGAUUCAAUGAGGUUGACAUUGGCGGUAAAGUCACCAUCAAGCAGAAAUCACUUGAGAUUGUUUGUCCUACAUUGACAUCAAUGUUCCCUCCAUUACAUAAAGUGAAGACAAAGGGUGCACAAAAAAGUAAAGUUCAACGAAGUGAAAGGUCUACUACGCGGGAUCCAUCAUAUUUUGAGUAUGUGGACGCCUUUCAUUCAACCAUAGAAUCUUCAUAUGUGAGAAGUAAAUUACAAUCAAAGCCAAAAGCAGUGAAGAAAAGGAGAGUUCCACUGAUAGACCAGUUUCAUUCUACUACUCACCCCUUCAUUGUGGACGUUGUUGAUGUUGUGGCUGAUGGUCACUGUGGGUAUAGAUGCAUUGCUGCGUUGUUGGGACUCGGAGAAGAUUCAUGGCCCAUUAUCAUGAAUGAGUUGUACAAAGAACACAGAGCAUGGCGUGAUGAAUAUGCAAGCCUAGUAGGAGGCUAUGAUAGACUAGAAGAACUGAGGAACUCUUUGUUGGUGCAGUCACUGUCGGCGGCUAACAUGAACAAGUGGAUGACAUUACCAGACAUUGGUUAUACAAUUGCUAACCGAUAUAACGUUAUCUUAGUGUGUUUGUCAUACUCUCAAAAUUAUACUAUCUUCCCACUAUGUUCCACACCACCUUCUGAUAUAACUCAACAUCGCUUAAUUUGUAUAGGACAUGUUCAUGGAUGUCAUUUUGUGCAGGUCUGA